UGCGAGGGAGAGGCGAGCCACGUGUGUGGAGCUGGAGCGCAGCUCGCAUGGGGGAGUCUAUCCCGCUGGCAGCCCCGGUCCCGGUGGAACAGGCGGUGCUGGAGACGUUCUUCUCUCACCUGGGUAUCUUCUCUUACGACAAGGCCAAGGACAAUGUGGAGAAGGAACGAGAGGCCAACAAGAGCGCGGGGGGCAGCUGGCUGUCGCUGCUGGCGGCCUUGGCCCACCUGGCCGCGGCAGAGAAGGUCUAUCACAGCCUCACCUACCUGGGGCAGAAACUAGGGGGCCAGUCUUUCUUCAGCAGGAAGGACUCCAUCCGCACCAUCUAUACUUCCCUGCAUAAUGAGCUGAAGAAGGUGGUGACUGGCCGUGGUGCCCUUGGGGGGACCGCACCUCACGUGGAAGAGCUCCUUUCCCACCUGUCAGAGCAGCUCUGCUUCUUUGUUCAGGCUCGGAUGGAGAUCGCAGACUUCUAUGAGAAGAUGUACACCCUCAGCACACAGAAGUUCAUCAAUGCCGAAGAGCUCGUUGGCCUUUUAGACACCAUCCUCAAGAAAUACAGCUCCAGAUUUCACCACCCCAUCCUCAGUCCUCUGGAAAGCAGUUUCCAGCUGGAGGUCGACGUACUGAGUCAUCUCCUGAAGGCCCAGGCUCAGGUCUCCGAGUGGAAGUUCCUCCCGUCUCUGGUUAACUUACACAGCGCUCACACCAAGCUGCAGACUUGGGGCCAGAUCUUUGAAAAGCAACGGGAGACCAAGAAACAUCUGUUUGGAGGGCAGUCCCAGAAGGCCAUUCAGCCCCCACACCUUUUCCUUUGGCUGCUGAAACUCAAAAACAUGCUUCUUGCCAAAUUUAGCUUCUACUUUCACGAGGCACUGAGCCGACAAACGACUGCUUCAGAAAUGAAAACGCUGACUGCAAAAGCCAACCCAGACCUCUUUGGAAAGAUUUCCAGCUUCAUCAGGAAAUACGACGCUGCCAACGUGUCCUUAAUCUUUGACAACCAGGGUUCCGAGAGCUUUCAGGGUCAUGGCUACCACCACCCCCAUUCCUACAGAGAGGCCCCAAAGGGCGUGGAUCAGUAUCCAGCCGUGGUAUCUCUGCCCAGCGACAGGCCUGUCCUGCACUGGCCCAAUGUCAUCAUGAUCAUGACAGACCGCACGUCCGACCUGAACAGCUUGGAGAAAGUGGUCCACUUCUAUGAUGACAAAGUUCAGAGCACCUACUUCCUUACCCGCCCAGAACCCCACUUUACCAUUGUUGUCAUUUUCGAGUCAAAGAAAUCUGAAAGAGACUCCCACUUUAUUUCCUUCCUUAGUGAGAUCUCACUUGCCCUUAAGAACCCCAAGGUUUUUGCAAGUCUGAAACCUGGAUCCAAAGGUUAGAAGGUGAUUUGUGUGAAAGGUUUUCAAGACUGGAAAUUGUGUUCUUAAUUGCUCUAACGAUCUACAGUGGUCUGUGAUUAGAGUUUCCAUCCACCUGUGCUGCUUUCAGAUCUAAAUUAAAGACACAUCCUCCCUAAUUGUGUUGCACCCUUUAUAAGCAAUUAAGGCCAGCUGAAUACAUAGCCAAAGAGUAAGCUAGGUGAUCAUGGCUGCCGGUCUCCGUGGUACAGCAAGGUACUUUAGGCAUUUUCUCCUUUUUUCCUGUAUUUCAUGUAGAUUAAUAUUUAUUGGCCUUUGAUUUUUCUUUCCAGAUGUUUUAUAUUAUUCUAAACGUUGUGUUCCAGUACAAUUUCAAACGCCCUCUCCUUUCCCCCUCUUUCUGGAUGAAUAAUUGGGAUACGAUAUUAAAUGGCUUUUUUAGAA